AUGAUUUUUUUUUGCAGGCCAAUAGUGCUCGGAGUGGUUCAGGAGGGUGAUAUCGAUCUUGUUCGUAUUUGUUGCUUUAAUGAGUCACAAGUUCUGUCUGUGAGCAGAGGUGCUCUGGAGGUGCCGGCCGGGGCGGCUGUGGCUAACCUGCAUUUCUGGAAGGUGGCUUGCCCGGCUGCUGGAAGGAGCAGGCGGAUCCCGGGCUGCCAGCAGAAGCGGCUGCGGCUUCUCCGGCUGCGAGCGGAGACCCUGCAUGGGCUGCAGCCAGCUUACAGCUGCUGGAUCAUCGGGACACUUACAGAAACUUGGUGUCCUCGCAGGUGUUCCGGGUGCUCUGCUCAGAAACACCCGCCCCCACCAGCCAGCAAAAGCUACGAGUGGCAACAAAAAGCCUCAAACGCGUCCCAAAGCCGUGGGAGCAGCCGGGCUGGCAGCGGGAUCCUCUCCAGUCCCCGAUCCUGGUGCAAGGACAGGGAGUCGCAGCUCGGACACAGAGAUGCUGAGAGCGUUCGCACCCCGAGGCAGGUCCCAUCCCGCUGUCACGUAGCGCUGCUGGGUGACUCUUGCUGCUCGCUGUCCCCAGCGCUGCUGGCCUCUGCUUCCUCUCACCAAAUGGGUGGAGAACUGGCCUGGGAGCAGCGCACGAAGGAGAUGUGCUGGUGAGGGAGCUGCGUGCAUCCUCCCCACCUGCUGAGGCUGGGCACACGUCACCCCGGUUCCUCUCCUGGCCACCAGCUGCCGUGGCUCAGGACAGCAUUGCCACCCGCCCUGCACACCGGUGGAUUUUGGAGGCUGCUGUGCUUUGGAGAGGGAACAGCCUUGUGCACAAGGACAGCACAGCUUGCCCAGGUCGCCUCCCUCCUUGCGCUCCCUGCAGCCUGAGGGACCUUGCGGAGCGUCACGUAAGGAUUUUGCUUUGGGGUUUGUCUCUCUGAUGUGUUGAGGAGGUGAGGCUGGGGCCCUGGAGCUGCAGAGCUCCAGCUGGUAGUGCCAAGGGGAGUGAUCGGUCCUGUCCUUGUUCCUGCCUGCGUGAGGGGAGCACCGGUCUGCAUUUAGCAAUGCCAACAGCCCGGUACCAUACAAACUGCCCCUCUCCUGUGGCUGCUGAGCACCAAGAGGAAAGCCCUCACCCUGCUGGGCAGGGGGAUCCAGCACGCCGGCCCU